GCGUGCGCACUGAGAGGGCGGAGUCACCGCGGCCGGCUGUGAAGGGUUUUUCUGAGGCGCGUCUCCUUCUCCUUUCCUCGCUCGGAGCAUCUCUGAGGGGAUGAGGCAGGCGGCGGCGGCGGCAGUGGCGGAGGGCGAGCCCCAGCGACACUGAGGGGCGGCGGCGGCCGGGCCUCCUUCUCCUCCUCCCCUCCCUCCUCGUCCUCUUCCAGCUGCCGGUUCUCGCCCGCCCUCCGCCCGCUCGGCCUUCCCGGCCCGGCUCCCUCUCCCGCCGGCACCAUGAUGGAGGAGAUCGACCGCUUCCAAGUGCCCGCCGUGAGAGCCGAGAUGCAGCCGCUGGAUCCAACAGCAGCCUCUAUAUCUGACAGAGACUGUGACACGAGAGAGGGAGAAACUGUAGCUAUGAAUUACAAACCAUCCCCCCUACAAGUGAAACUAGAGAAACAGAGGGAGCUGGCUCGCAAGGGGUCCCUGAAAAAUGGAAACAUGGGGAGCCCAGUUAACCAACAGCCCAAGAAGAACAAUGUGAUGGCACGAACAAGGCUCGUUGUUCCCAAUAAAGGCUAUUCCUCAUUAGACCAGAGUCCUGAUGAAAAGCCAUUGGUAGCACUGGACACAGACAGUGAUGACGACUUUGACAUGUCCAGAUAUUCCUCCUCGGGAUAUUCUUCAGCUGAGCAGAUCAACCAGGACUUGAACAUCCAGCUGCUAAAGGAUGGCUACCGGUUAGAUGAGAUCCCAGAUGACGAGGACCUCGACCUCAUCCCUCCGAAGUCGGUCAACCCCACUUGCAUGUGCUGUCAAGCCACCUCCUCCACUGCCUGCCACAUCCAGUAAUGAGGGAAGCCUGGCAAGGGUUGAUCAGUGCUUUCCACUAUAACUGUAAAACUUAACAGCCAUUGCUUCCUCCUAUGGUAGGACGUGCACCUCUUUGUGUUCAUGGAGCCAGGAGAAACCAAAAAAUAAUAUAUAUAUAUAUUAUUCAUUUUA